GAGUGUACGAGGCGGCUUCUCAGUGGUGCGGCCGGCGGGCGGCUAUGGCGGCCGUACGGGGCCUGCGAGUGUCGGUGAAGGCAGAGGCCCCGGCGGGGCCGGCUCUAGGGCUCCCGUCGCCUGAAGCGGACUCUGGUUUGGAGCGUGGCGAGCCGGAGCCCAUGGAAGUGGAGGAGGGCGAGCUGGAGAUUGUGCCGGUGCGGCGCUCGCUGAAAGAACUGAUCCCGGACACAAGCAGAAGGUAUGAAAACAAGGCUGGCAGCUUCAUCACUGGAAUUGAUGUCACCUCCAAGGAAGCAAUUGAAAAGAAAGAACAGCGAGCCAAGCGCUUCCAUUUUCGAUCAGAAGUAAAUCUUGCCCAAAGAAACGUAGCCUUGGACCGAGACAUGAUGAAGAAAGCAAUCCCCAAAGUGAGACUGGAGACAAUCUACAUUUGUGGAGUAGAUGAGAUGAGUACCCAGGAUAUCUUUUCCUAUUUUAAAGAAUAUCCUCCUGCUCACAUUGAAUGGUUGGAUGAUACCUCCUGCAAUGUGGUUUGGCUGGAUGAAAUGACAGCCACACGAGCCCUUAUCAAUAUGAGCUCUCUGCCAGCCCUGGAUAAGAUAAGAACCAGGGAUGCCAAUGAGGACAGGUCAUCUGAGAAAAGUAAAAAAGACAAGCAGGAGGAUAGUUCAGAUGAUGAUGAGGCUGAAGAAGGAGAAGUUGAAGAUGAGAACUCAAGUGAUAUAGAGUUGGACACAUUGUCUCAAGUAGAAGAAGAGUCUCUGCUAAGAAAUGAUCUUCGUCCAGCCAACAAACUUGCUAAAGGAAAUAGGUUAUUCAUGAGAUUUGCUACAAAAGAUGACAAAAAGGAACUUGGAGCAGCCAGAAGAAGUCAGUAUUAUAUGAAAUAUGGGAAUCCAAAUUACGGAGGCAUGAAAGGAAUUCUUAGUAAUUCUUGGAAGCGAAGAUAUCAUUCCCGUCGCAUUCAGCGGGAUGUGAUCAAGAAGAGAGCCCUGAUUGGGGAUGACGUUGGCUUGACAUCCUAUAAACACCGACAUUCCGGACUAGUAAAUGUUCCAGAGGAACCCAUUGAAGAGGAAGAAGAGGAGGAAGAAGAGGAGGACCAGGACAUGGAUGCAGAUGACAGGGUGGUGGUGGAGUACCAUGAGGAGCUCCCAGCUCUCAAGCAGACCCGGGAACGGAGCACAUCUAGGCAGUCCAGCGCCAGCAGUUCAGACUCCGAUGAAAUGGACUAUGAUCUAGAACUGAAAAUGAUUUCCACUCCUUCACCAAAGAAAAGCAUGAAAAUGACCAUGUAUGCUGACGAAGUGGAAUCUCAGUUGAAAAAUAUUAGGAACUCCAUGAGGGCAGAUACUAUAUCCACAAGCAAUAUCAAAAACCGAAUUGGUAACAAAUUACCAACUGAGAAGUUUGUAGAUGUCCGACAUCUGUUAGAUGAAAAACGUCAGCACACACGUCCACGGCCACCAGGCAGCAGUACUAAGUCAGAUAUACGCCAGCGAUUAGGAAAAAGACCGUAUUCUCCAGAAAAGGCUUUUAGUAGUAAUCCAGUCUUUCGGAGAGAGCCUUUUUCUGAUGUACAUAGUAGGCUGGGUGUUCCCAGACAAGACGUUAAAGGCCUCUACUCUGAUACACGGGAGAAGAAAUCAGGUAGUUUAUGGACGCGCUUAGGAUCUGCACCCAAGACCAAAGAAAAGAACGCAAAGAAGGUGGAUCACAGGGCGCCAGGCACUGAGGAAGAUGACUCUGAGCUGCAAAGGGCAUGGGGGGCUCUGAUAAAGGAGAAAGAACAGUCUCGCCAAAAGAAGAGCCGCUGUUACCAGCACCCUUUUCCCAAGAAAAGUCAAUUCCCAGGUGCUUAUUGGACAGCCUUCGAGGGGGAAGAUGAGGGAAGCUGCCAGCUCACCCUUCCGGGACCCUAGUGUGAGGGCCGAAUCUCAUGGACCUGACCUCAGAGGUGCACCAGUGCCGCCCAGGUAGAUAAGAGAUGCAGCAUCGAUCGUGCUUCCGUUCCUCCCUGGGGAUUUCUGUUACGGGCCUCUUAGCAAUCAGCUUAAAGUGAAGAUCAAGUUCAGUGCUGUGGGAUUUUUAGGAACAAAAAACUGUGACUUCUGGAUUUGGGGUGGAUUUUUGUGCUAGGGGUGGGGUCAUGGGUUAAUGUUGAACAAUUUUUAAGUCUGUAUUAUGUUUAAAAAUAUUAAUGAUUUAAAAGUUUAAAUUUUUAAUUUUUAUAUGUGAAAAUACUUCCUGUUGGCUACAAGGGAAGCUCAAGUGGUGUCUUAUGUGUGCUGUUAAAUAUAUAUUAUAUACUUUGGAAGACGGCAAGGAGAGGAGUCUCAUUAUUUUUAAAUGAUCCUAAUUGUAUAGUCUGUUUGUUGUAUAUAGUGUUCAGCUUGCUUUUUGGCCACUGUAGGAAAAAAAUCCAUCCAUCUGAGAUGGGGUCCUGUUGUUUAUUAUCACUUCAGAAGUGAUACAUUAGUAUUUAUUCUUUGUAUUUCCAAGUUCUAACACCUGAAGAUAUCUUUAAAACUGCCAAAUAAGAUAAUAGUUACAGAAAUUUUAGUUUAUUUCUCAUUUACUUCUAAACUCCUUUCAGAUUAUUUUAAAGGCAGUAGAUUAUUUUGUCUUCCUAUUUGAUCUUUAUUUUGAAGUAUUUAAUGUUUGUAUUCUUCUGCAGGCUUAAAAAUAGUGUUUCACUUCAGUUCACUAGAACUUAAGAAUUAGAGAGUAAGCCCUUGUCCCGUUGUGAUAUCACAGCUCCUCACCUGUCUGGAGUGUUUCAGUACCUGGUAUAGUCCUGGAUUCUAAGAUCUUUGCUUGUGGCAUUGAGAGUUGAUUACAGUGUGGUGUGAUUAAAUGCAGAACACUGCUGCUAAUAAAGGAAGGAAAGGGCUGCAGGACUUGAGAGCUGCAGCAACUGUACUGUACCAUGUUUUGUUGGUUAACCUGUUUUUCACUCCCUUUGGAAAGAUUAGAGGCUCUAAAUAUGGUACAUUUCCAUUUCUGGAGUGGAUUCUUGGAGAGAGAUGGUUUUCUGCCAGUUGAAACCUAAUGUUUCUGAGGUUCCUCCCUUUUUUGUUCUGUGGAGCAUACAGCCGAGAGCCAGAUUCUUGAGAUGGGCAAGGUUUGGGGACUUGGUAGAGUAAGAACAAGGACCUGAGAGUCAGAGACCUGGAUGCCAACCUCUGGUUUCUAUUCCAUCUGUCCCAUCUGGCAAAUGAAUGGACUGGUACCAGAGCUUCUGACUUUGUUGGUGCAUCUCAGUGGUGUUUUACUCUUCCUGAAGCAAUGGUUGUGGUGGGCUGGCCAGCACUGGUUUCUUUUGCAUGUGUGGGGAGGGUCAAGAAAGGCAUGCAUGAGGUUUUGGGCAGGGAUUCAUCCCUAUCCCAUUUCCAUUACAGUCUCUGGGUCUUCUAGUGGGACAGAGAUAUCCUUGUGGUCAGGGUCCUAACUGAUGUGGUCUCAGCAGUAUUUUAAAAAAGCCCUUCUUCUGUGUUUGCCAGUCAUGACCUUUUCCACCAGUAGUUCGGGCCCAUCUACCCCAUGGUCUACUAGCCCUUUCCAGUCUCCUGCUAGAGAUCAGAGAGUGCUUUCUGGAAAGGUGGUGGUGUAUAGUCAAAACUGGGCCUUUGAUCUAACCAAGAAAAAUGCCUGCUUAGGCAGCCUUGCAAUUCUUACAAAUAUACAGAACCCCAGAAAAGUAUCUUAGAAGAUUUUACUUCCCCAAGUUAUUGUUGGCCACCUCCUCUCUCGCUCUCUGGCCCCCACUCAGGCACUCAGAUCUUGCAACAUCUUACACAUGCUCUGAAUGCCCAGGCCCUUCCUUUGGAGUUUGGAAGUGAGGGUGGACUGUCAGGAUGGUCCCUUGGUGGCAGCUCGUUGUGCCUGGGUGCUCCUUACGUAUGUGGGCUUCAGGGCUACACACUUUUCUAUAUUCUUCUUAGUCUUUAUGCAUAUGAGAUUGCAAAUACAUUUGUGCUACUUCAUAGUAAUUUCAGAUACCUCAUUUCUGUUUCCUACUUUCCCUCUUGGGAGAGACGCCAGCUACCCAGGAGAACUUGUGGAGCUUGUGACAAGCCCUCCUCUGGCCCCUUUGUCUGGUCCCAUGAACCCUUCUCUUUAGUUCAAAUCACUGUCUUCUCCCACCUUAUGCCUGUGACAGCCUCCUCCCUGAUCUCUUCCCCAUACCGCAUCCCUCCAUCUCUGUUCUGUGUACUACAGCUGGGAUGAACUUUUGUUGUUUGCAGCUUGACAGCUAUUAUUUACAUAGCAUACCCCUUCACUCCUUUAAAGUAUACACUUCAAGGUCACUUGGCUAUCUCAGUUGAAGGAGCAUGCGACUCUUGAUCUUUGAGUUCAAGCCCCACGUUGGGUGUAGAGAUUACUUAAAAAGUUUUAGGAAAAAAAAAUGAAGUAUACACUUCAGUGGCUUUUAGUGUAUUCGAGUUGUGCAGCCAUCACCAUAGUCAGUUUUAGAACAUUUUCAUCACCAAAACCAAACCCUAUAUCCAUUAGCAAUCAUUCCCUAGUUCCUCUCCCCUCCUGGCAACCUCUGCUUUUGGUUUCUAUGGAUUUGCCUAUUCUGAACGCUCAUGUAAAUGGAAUCAUACACUUUGUGGCGUUUGUGAUUGGUUUCUUUCACUAAACAUAUUUUUGAGGAUCGUCUGUGUUGUAGCCUGUAUUAGUACUUCUUUUUGUUAAAAUAAUAUUCCAUUGUAUGAAUACAGUACAUUUUAUUCAUUCAUCAGUUGAUGGACAUUUGGGUUGUUUCCACUUAUGGCUGAUGUGAAUGAUGCUGCUAUGGAACAUUUAUGUACAAGUAUUUGUGUGGUUAUGUUUUCAUUACUCUUGGGUUAUAUAACUAGGGUGGAAUUGCUGGGUCAUACAGUCUGUCUUAACCCUCUGAAGAACUGCCAGACUAUUCUCCCAAAUGGCUGCAUCCUUUUCCAUUUUCCCCAUUAGUGUAUGAGGGCUCUAGUUUAUACACAAUCCUUGACAACCCUUGUUAUUUCACAGCGCGAAUUGGUAUCUCAUUGUGAUUUUGAUUUGCAUUUCCCUGAUGUCUAAUGAUGUUGGGCAUCUUUUCUUGAGCUUCAGAAUGAACUUUCUUAAAGUUAUUCUGUUACUUUUCUGCGUAAAACCUUUACUAUUGUCCUUGGAAUAAAUGCCAAACUCCAAUGAUAGCUCACAAGAGUUGUCAGAAUUUAGCUUUUGGUAUCUUUGGCCAGUUCUCCCCGCCUCCCCUGCCCUGUGCCUUCUAGUUCCUUGGACCCAUCUUGAUCUCACCAGUCUUUCAAAAUCUGCUCAGUGCUUUUCUCCCCUAGCAGUGACACAAUCCCCUGGCUCUUUCUCCCUUCUGCUUAAGCUUUGCCUUCUUUUUUCCCUCAUCCUCAAGGAGUUAAAGUCCCCUCCGGGUGGCUGCCUCCAACUUCCAGAGCCAGAUUAUGGGCCCCUGCUAUGUAUCCCACAGUACUGCCAUGAAUGAGACUCUGCUCAUUUCAGGGUUGGGCUAUAGAGUCACACCUAAGAUAAAAAUGGAGUGUAAUCAAAAUUCCACUUGGAAAUCCUGGGGAAGGUGCCAUGUUGAAAACCAGCAUCAUGGGUUCCUGCCUGUGUGGGACCAUACCUUCUUUGGUUGAGUUACAGGUGAAGUGGUUGGCCUACAAUAAAGGCCAUAUUUUGUAAAAAAGAAAAAAAAAAAUCCACUUAUUUUUAGGUGUUAAACUCACUCAGGCAAGCAACUCACUUUUGAAGAGGCUCUUGGGAACUGUAACAAGCCACAGGUGUGGCGGGGCAUAAGCUUAUCUUUAGGUGAAUGGAGGUGAAAUGGCCCAAAUGACUUAAAAUUACUUUGCUUUUUCCUUGUUUGUUUGUUGUUUUUUUCAACUUUUUUCAGGAAAAUAUACCAUUGUGUUUGCCUAAGUGAAAUGUGUGUAUGAUGCCAAAUCUCUGUAACUGCCUCCCAAAGCCAGCACACCUAUACACUGAAUUGUAAUGUCCUAUUCCUACUUUGUCUUUUUUGCUAGAUUGUAAGCUCCAUGAGAGCAGGGACCAGGUCUGGUUUGAUCAUGAGGGUUUCUCUAGUCUUAGAGAAACCUGGCAGGUUAUCUGUAAACAUGCGGUGACUGUAUAAAUCCCCCAACUGCAGGAACAGCUUCAGUCUCUGAGGCGUUUGGGUCCUCUUACAGGCUAGUCCUUGUUUUCUGCCUUGUACACACGAUACUUGAUGUUCAUGUUUUAUUUUCCCUUUUAGCCUGUGAGCUCCUAACGAGCCGGUGUCUUCAUGUUGUUAUCUCUGUAUCCUCCCACCAUACCAGUCCAGAGUAAGUAGUACUUAAAAAGUGUUUGGUAAAUGAGUGAAUUAUGGUAACAACCCAGCUCUGACUCCUUUGCAGGCUAGUCGAAUUCUAGCUGACACUACCAGAUUGAAAAAGAUGAAUAUUAUUUAGAAGUGCAUAAACUGUAUUUGUGUAAGAAAAAAAUGGCAUUAAUUAGACCUCCAUAAAUUUCAAAUUUUGGUAUUCUGGCUACAUCUGAGCUGAAGUUUACCUGCUGUGUAAAGAAUUUGCAAGAGCAUCAUGUAGAGUAUUUUUUUGGAAAGCAUUCAUCUGCCCCAGGAGAGAAGGAAGGGAAGCUGGCAGCUGGAUGAGAGACCCCAAGGAGGAAUUACUGAGUCAGUUCUUAGCUUUGGUUCCUAUUGGAGAGGAAAGUGGUGGCAGUCCAAAGAAGGCAAAGAGAAACAACUUGUUCAGGCAGCAGCUCUUUGGCCUCCAGUAAUAGUCCACCUCUCACUCAGAGCAUUCUUAAAGUUACGCUGAAAUGCUAAUAGCCCGUUUGGAUUAACAUUAACAGCAAAUCAUGGCUUCACAGAGUAAUUAAUUGCUGUACAAAUAAAUUUGGUUACGAGUACUUGCUUUUAAACUUUAUAUAACAAGGAAGCAAAUGAGAAGUUAAUGCCUUUUUUUUUUCUUUAAGAACUAAAAGGACAGAAUGUUUUUGAUAAUUUUGAGAAUAUCACAUUUGGCUUCAAGGCAGAUUGUUAUUGCGUAGUCUGACCAAUGAAAAUCCAGAACUUUUCUUACAUGUUUAUAAAAUAAAUCUUAGAAGAAAAAAUAUGGUAGCAUUUUUUCAAAUGAAAUUCUAUGAGCAUUUCACAGCAUUUUGAUAUUCCUGGGAUAAGUUAGAGAAAUGCUGGCUCAAAAGCCUAUUUCAGAUUAUGAAGCACUGAAGUGGGACUUUCUGUGCCAUAAAUAAAACUCUAGAGUGUG